CGUACACCGUAAUGGGACCCCAGGUGGUGCAAGCAGGCUAUUGGACGCCUACGGUCGGGCUCUCACUCACUAAGGACCAUUCUUUCUUCGGAGAAAAGUUUUCGAAUUUUUACGGCGCACGGCUGAAUGUCACCGCUCUUCCCUACGGACCAUACUGGGAGGAACGACACGAGUCCAACAAUGCCACAUAUUACUCUGGCACUGACUACCUCACCCUGGCAGCCAUUGCUUCUUCCCUCAACUUCACUGUUCGCGUGCUGCCUACCUCAUCUUGGGCUGAGGUGCUGCGCUUUGUGGCGGAGAGAAAGGCUUUCUUCGCCCCAGUGAUCCACACAGUUUUGACCCAGAGGCUUGAGAAGAUUGACUUCUCCGUCGUUUAUGAAAUGUCUCCAAUAGGCUUUAGCAUGGCGACCCCCACCCUUAAACCAAGAUGGGAAGCCCUGUACUACCCUCUUUCCAAAACCGUGUGGGGCGCCACCUUCCUUGUUCUUCUCUUCGUGCCAGUUUGCUUCUAUAUAGACCGUUUGUCACCUGUCAUCAUCGGCUGA